CCCUAAAUUUGAAACGUGGGAGGGACGCCAUUUCAAAUCAACUGAUCUGAGUAUCUCCCGAAUUCCUGCUACUCCUCAACCAUUCGAUACUUGGCUUCUGAAAUUAGGGUUUCUCGAAUUGCCUCGUCGAUCUCUUGGACUGAUUAAACAUGAGAAACUUCCCAAAACGUGAACGCGAAACAGCCAGUAGUAGCCGAGUCAAUGGCACCGAUCGUCUCCGAGCUGUAAGGGCCGAACGGCUAAGGGAUUCUCGAGUAGACGACGAUGGUCAUGAGUCGAGCCAGGAGAACGAGCAGGACCCAGCGAGUCGGAGGGCGAUCCGGUCUCAGUAUUUGGUGCUUAUGAAUUUAAUAAAUGAGAAAAGGGAUGAUUUGGUUAAGACGGAUUCGGACAAGUUUAAUAACAUCAUGGAGGAAGUGGAGAAGUUACAUGAACACGUUCAGAAGCCAAGGGAGCAAGUUGCAGAUGCUGAGGCCCUUCUUGACCUGGCUACCACUUUGGUCGGUUCUGUGAAGUCUCUGCUUAGAGACGGUGUCACACCUUCUGAGUUUGUUAGCUGCAUUAUUAAUGAGUUUGGACAAUCCACUGGGGGUUUAAGCAGCGAAGAGAGUCCCCACAGCUCAAUUAACUGGAACGAAGUUGGGAUGGCAGUAUCACCAACAUUCACGAAUGUUCAUGGCUUUUGCACCAUGCUUGGUCCGAUGGAAAAUGAGUUGAAGCAACGGAAGGUAGCACAAAGAAAACGCACAAGGCCAACAAUUGCUAUGGCUAGGCCUGAACAGAUUGAUGAUGCAGCAGGGGAGGAAAAAACUGAUACUGAUAAGAAUAUGGCAACAAUGUUUGAGAUAUUGAGGAAGAAGAAACAUGUUCGGUUAGAAAGCCUAAUGUUGAAUAGGAAAUCCUUUGCGCAGACAGUUGAAAACCUGUUUGCUCUUUCAUUUUUAGUUAAAGAUGGCCGUGCUGAAAUAUCUACGGAUAAGAAUGGUUCUCACUUUGUCUCACCGAGGAAUGCUCCAGCAUCCAACUCGGUUAUGUCUAAAGAAGUUUCUUACAGCCACUUUGUGUUCAGAUAUGAUUUUGAAGAUUGGAAGCUAAUGAAGGACAUGGUGCCUGAGGGAGAGGAGCAAAUGCCUCAUAGGACUCAGUUCUGCACAGUGAUUGCCAGUCAGGCAGCGACUACCACGAGCAAUUCCCAGCCAUCAUUGGUCACAACACCAAUCAGGAAGCUAACCCGAAACCGAGGGCUUGUUGUGCAGGAAGAUGUGGUGGAAGAAUCUCCUGAAUGUAACGAGGAAAAUGCUUCCAGAGCUGCUGCAAUUCGUAGAUGCAGGCUUAAACUUACUUAAACAAUAGAUAGUUUCUUUUGUGCAGGCAUAUAUUUUGUACACAUUUCACAUUUGCCUGUUGCAUCUUGGGUUGGUUUGUUUAACCCAUAACUCAUGGAUAGCUGGCCUGAUUCACCCAUUUGGCAGUUCUGGUCUCUGUUGAUGUACAUAGAGGAUGGUAAUGUUAUAUUGCGUUUACUCGGAGUCUGGCUUUAAUAUCUUACAUGUUUCAGCAUAA